GCCGUCAACUGCCAGCUGUCCCUUGCCCCAUCAACGAUGAUGCUUCCCAUCAGUCCCCUAAGACAGGCGGGCUACUUACUGAAUUACUGUACCGGUCACCUGGCAACCGGCGCUCGGACCUCCUCCCCCAUGCCCCAUCAAAAAGUUUUUCUCUCUGUUCGCUUUCUUUCUUCACUUUUUCACCUCAUCGUCAACAAUGUCUUCCCCUCCUCCCAACGAGCAACGUUGUGCCGUCCAACUUGAUCCCUACAAUGACCUGUCCACUCCCACCAUCACUGACUCAACGCCCACCUCCUCCCUCUCCUCUUCUUACGACCCAUCACGACCAUCACUCCCUGUCCAGCUCAUUCUCGACCUCGCUCAAUGUCUCGCCGCUGACAAAGAUACCAAGACUCUGCUAGCGCUGCAAAGAGUAUCGAAAGAGGGAUACAAAGUUUCCACUCCUCUCAUCUAUCGACAUGUCGUGCUUGAUACGCCUGAACGACUCUUUCGCAUGUUCCAACCUCUCAUCGACCUCGCUCCGACCUUAAUACAGAUGUUGGCCGAUCCAAAACCGCCUUUCAGAAUCGACGUACACGCAGAUAUGGACGCGGAGAUGUCGAUAGAGCUCGAAGAUCUCUAUCAAUCUCUUACUUCAUCAAUCUCAUCAAUCUCAGAGCUUGAGAUCCCCGCCAACGCCUUUCCUUUCUUGCCGCUCAAUAUCACAUCCGAAGAGCUCCUGUACCCAUUUGACUGGAUUCACAAUCGCAGAAGACGCAUCGUGCGAGCUCUGUCACUUGUCAAGUACAUUCAACUGGAUUUCUCUUUCUUACCAAGGACAGAAGAAGUACAACACAAGCUAGCGGUCGUCAUGAGCUUCUUGACAGGUUGUCCCUUUCCCACCCUCGAGCGAAUCGAAGUAUCGCAGACAUGUCUCCACGGCAUUAGUCCCGUCAAAAUCGGCGAGAAAAACGGUUAUUACUGCCGGACGUUGAGUCACAUUUUCAGCUGCAUCAAGCCGAAACACGUUUGUAUUGCUCAAGCUUCCGGAUGUGAGGGAUAUGACUGUUGGCCUGAGAUGGUGUAUUUUCAAGAUGAUGGCGACGACUACGAGUCCGACGGCCGUCUCGAGGCCCUGGUCGGCUUGGUAACUUCUACGGAAACGCCAAUCGAAAGCCUCACCAUCCAUUCCCAUGAAAUAACACAAAGUCUUACUUUUGCCCUAAGUUUGGCCCUAAGACGCGUGAUCCAAGUGCGACUGGUUAUGCUCAUAGAGGAGGGCUACUUCCCCGUUGAGGGCCUGAGGGCUCUCGCCGUUGCUGCAUUGAUGGUUCCCGAGGGACACAUAUUAGAAAUAUGUGACCAUAGGAUAUGGUGUAGUCAUUCAGAGAAGGAAAAGCAAGCUGCCUUGGAGAGAUUGGAGGAAGGUAUGGUUCGGACGGCGAGGGCUGAUGGGGUUUCUGAGGGUAUGGAGAAGAAGGAUGGAAAAUGGCACUUUGCCCGAGUCAAGUUUCUUCCUCCACAGAAGGCAGGUGAAUGCCCGACAUGUUCGAACACGAGGUGGUAA